AAUCAGUCAAAUCACUGCCACAUGGAUGGAGGGCGUUACUGAAAUUAUUUAGUAAAAUAGAAAUUAUUCAGUAAUUAGACUUACACGAAAGCGGUGCGGUUUCCUGAGGGUUUCAAUUGUGUAGAUGAAAAAUAUUUUUUGAAAUGUUUUCUACAGCAUCCAGAUCUUUAUUAUGUUGCUCACACGCAAAAGGCCCGCACAGGGCUUUAGCGUCAAUAUUAACAAAGAGUCCAGCCCUCGACACACCGUCUCUUCAAUGCCGGGAUUACCACGAGGUCACCGGCAACAUUAUCUGCCCCAAUGUUGUCAGAGGUAUCGAUCAUUUGAGAGAUCCCCGUCUGAAUAAGGGUCUCGCCUUUACGCUGGAGGAACGCCAGGCGCUCGGCAUUCAUGGUCUUUUGGCAGCCAAGUUCAAAACUCAAGAGGAACAGCUGGAUAUUUGUAGAAUAUCCAUUGACAGAUACGAGGACAACCUAAACAAAUAUCUCUACCUCGUUGAGUUACAGGAUAGAAAUGAGAAGUUGUUCUUCAGACUUCUAUCGGAGAACAUCGAGAAGUAUUUGCCGAUUGUUUACACACCCACCGUGGGCUUGGCCUGCCAGAGGUUCGGGCUCAUCUAUAGGAGGCCAAGGGGUCUCUUCAUAACGAUCAACGAUAAGGGACAUAUAUUUAAUAUUCUUAAGAAUUGGCCGGAACCUGAUGUUCGCGCGAUCGUAUUUACCGAUGGCGAGAGGAUUCUGGGUCUCGGUGACCUUGGGGCGUACGGCAUGGGUAUUCCUGUCGGCAAGCUCUCGCUGUACACCGCUCUAGCUGGAAUUAAACCCCACCAAUGCCUUCCGAUCACCUUGGAUGUGGGCACUGACAAUCAGGAUCUUCUCGAAGACCCCCUAUACAUCGGGCUGAGGCAGAAGCGUGUGCGUGGCAAGGAAUACGAUGAGUUUAUUGACGAGUUCAUGGAGGCUUGCGUCCAGAGAUACGGACAAAACACAUUAUUACAGUUUGAGGACUUCGCCCUGAUAAACGCUGGUCGCCUACUGAAGAAGUACCGCCACAAGUACUGCACGUUCAACGAUGACAUCCAGGGAACUGCCGCCGUCGCCGUCGCUGGACUGAUGGCUGCCGUCAGGGUCACGAAGAGGAAGCUCAGUGAAAACAUCUAUCUGUUCCUUGGAGCUGGUUCUGCGGCCAACGGCAUCGCAAACCUGACUGUAGCAGCCAUGGUGGCCGAAGGUCUCUCAGAGAAGCAGGCACGAGAGAGAGUGUACAUGUUCGACGUCGACGGCCUGCUGUCCACGCGCCGUGAGGGCGGAGUCCCGGAACACGCCAAGUCCUUUGGAAAGGAUAUCGAACCUGAAAAGGACUUUGAAGCGUGCGUCGCAAAAAUUAAGCCGAGCUGUCUUAUUGGAUGCUCAACGGUUGGUGGAGCGUUCACAACGAAUGUGCUGCAGCAGAUGGCCCGCAACACCGACCGUCCGGUUAUUUUCGCGCUCUCCAACCCCACCAGCAAAGCUGAGUGCACUGCGCAAGCUGCCUACGACAAUACUGAGGGUCGUUGCAUCUUCGCAUCGGGCUCGCCGUUCCCGCCUGUGAAGUACAACGGAAAGGAGUUCCACACGGGGCAGGGCAACAACUCGUACAUCUUCCCCGGGGUCGCCCUCGGCGUCAUCGCUACCGCCACCCACCAUAUACCUGAGACCAUGUUCUUGACUGCCGCAAGGACUCUAGCUCACUAUGUAAGUGAGGAGGACCUCGCCAUUGGCCGCAUAUACCCGUCUCUCGCCGAACUCAAGGAAGUUUCCGUAGCGAUUGCUAUAGAGGUCGCCAAGAUGGCCUAUGACGAAGGGCUGGCAUCUGUAUACCCCGAACCAAAGGAUCUCUCAAAACAUGUUCAUAAUCAGAUGUACAGUUUUCACUACGAAUGCUCUAUGCCCGUUGUCUGGGAUUGGAAGCCUGAAGAGAAAUUCAACGUACGACCCAUACAGCCAGUCCCCAAAAACAUCUAAAUCAGUAUUAUUUAUGUUUGGUUGUGUCAAAUGUAAUAAGAAGUUGAGCCAGUUUUAAUCGUAAAAAUCGACAUGUUUAACGAACUGCUUCGUUUGUGUAUUGAUUGUGCGUGAGUCAAAUAUUUUGACUAUAAAUUUAAGUAGGAACUUGAUGAAAAAUGAAAAUCCUAUCAUUUUUUAACUCGAAAAUCAAUUAGGUGUCUAUUUUUUUAUAUUUUAACAUUCAAAACAAUGAUGACGAGAUUUUAUUAGCACGACUUUUACGAUUGAACAGGCAGUAUAAGUUAACGAAAAUUAUUUAAAAUAUAGAACGUCCGUUUUGGAAUGUUGGUAGUAAUCGCAAUAAAGACGCGUUCAGUGCACAACGCCUUUACAUAUAAAUGGGAGUGUUCAAGUUGUCGUGUUGCUGUUACAAUAAUUAAUUUACACAAAGUAUUUUAUACCUCCGUAAUAUACCUUAUAUAUUAAUGUUCAAAUUAGUAAAAUUAUAUGUUAUGGCAGUUAGGUUUAAUGUCCAGUUACUCGAAUCUCUUAUUUAUGAAUAAGUAUUAUUUACAUAGAGUUAGUUAUGUAUUGCUGAAGUAUUACCUAAAUGGUCUUUUUAUGUUCCUUCUGUUCUAGAAGUUCGAGAGGUUUUUUUUUUUACAAAAUCUUAAAUAAAUGGGUAAGUAACUGGACUUAUGCCGUAAUUCAGUGCGUUUUGACUGUCAUAUCAUCGUGUAUGUGCAAGUAGCGGGUAGUAGAGCAUUUUAUCGUUAUAUAACAUGUUAUUGUAUUGUGUGAGAAUAAUAUUCACGGUGGCCUUUUAACUUUGUUUUAGCUUUUCAUGCUCACCUAUUGUAAGUCACAGUUUUAUGUAGGGAUAUAAAAUGUGUAAUUGAAUAAUUACUAUUAAUGUACACCAGUGAUUGUUCUUUUUCGUUAUUUGUUUUAAAAGUUAUUAUCUUAUUCACGUUUCAACUUUACCCGGAGCUAUGUUACAAUUUAAUUUGCAUUUUUUAACUAAUAUUUGUGAUGCAGUGGGCAAUUUAUUUAGUUUUGUUUUCUCUAACAUUAUAUUUAAGUUGUAAAUGAAUUGUUUAGCAAAAAUAAUUUACAUACUUAAACAUUGUGAAUAUUUAAAGUAUUUAGUUGCACAUAUACAAUAUAUGGGAUGAAAGAUAAGGAAAAGUCUAGUCACCACAGCAUUAUAAUGCAGGUCAUCUAUUUAAUAUGCAUUUCACAUCAUGAUCUAGUUAAGCAUUCAAAAGCAAAUAUUAAAGUGAAUUAUAUAAAGACAUUUAGAGUAAAUCGUUUAGAAUGCCUAGGAUUUAAUGUGGACGUGUCAGUAUUUGCGUCAUAAAACUUCGAUUAAAAUUUGUUGUUUGACGUAGUUCAUUAACUCUGUUAAAAUAUACUUAAGACACAACAUUUUACUCGCAUUUAUUUUAUUUUUUACAUUUUGUGUCAUAAAUCAGUCUCGUGUCCUAUCCACAUUAAUUUUGUAUUGUUGGGAAAUAUUGACAGAAUUAUAAAGAAGCACGAUUCAGGAAUCGCUCCUUUUAAGAUUACGUAGGUACAACAAAAGUAUGAAAAUUACGCGUUAGAUAUAAUAUUGUAUAUUAUUUGACUAUGAAUCGUUUAUGUAUUUUGAUUUCAGUAUUUUACUAAUAGUGAGACGAUUUUUUCGCUGAGCGAAAUAAAUGCAAUGUUUUUAUUUUAAGUAGUCAGUUAUUUAUGUUACAUUACGUAUCUGGUGAUAUUAUGUGAUUAACUUUGCUGUGACAACGUAUAAUAAAAAAAAAUAUCCCAAUUUACAUGUUUAUUAAAUAUAUGGCUUAUUUGUUCGUGAAUAAAGUUGAAUAUUGUUGGUCAAUUAGCAGGCAAUACCAUCGUUCAUAAUCAUUAUUGUUUAACACUCGUUUUGCGUCAAUUCUAUUUGUUUCACAUUGUUAAUGUAAUGCAGCUUUUCAAAGAAGAUAUUACAUUAUCGUGUAUUAGUUGAUUCGAUUGUUAAAAUAAAAAUAUAGAUGUUACUAAUUAAACAUGUUCCAAAGAUA